AUGUGCUAUCUGGGGUUUCCAGCCAACGACCCGGCGCCCCCGGAGCGCGCCGCAGAGGCCCCGAAGGAGCGGCCCCCGGCGCCCUUUGCUGAUGAGUUCAUGAUGUACUGUUUCAAGGUCGUGGAGUGCGACAACCCCGAGCACACGCGCGAUGACUGGGACAAGUGCCCAUUUGCGCACAGCGCCGGCGGCGAGGUGCAGCAGCAGCAGCAGCAGCAGCAGCAGCAGCAGCAGCAGCAGCAGCAGCAGCAGCAGCAGCAGCAGCAGCAAGGCAGCAGCAGCCCUUGGCAGAGCGAAAGCCUGAGCCACCGCGCAGUGGCCUGCCCCUACGCCCACAAUGUCUUCGAGCACUGGCUGCACCCCAGCCGCUUCAAGACCGAGAUCUGCCAGCACGGCUCCAGCUGCAUGAGGCCGAUGUGCUUCUUCGCGCACCACCCCCAUGAGGUCAGGAGCCCCUCUCCCUCCGCCGACGAGGUCAUGGCCGCCGCAGAGGCCGCCGGCCUGCUCGGCCGCCCCAGCGGCGGCCACGGCUGCGGCGCGGCGCGCUGCUCCGGCGGCUGCUACAACGGCGGCGCGUGUGGACGGCGCGCGAGCUACGACGCCGGUGCUAUUGGAUACCCGGCCGCCGCCAGCUGGGCGGCGCCGCUCGACCUGGGGGCCGCGACGCUGCAGCCGCAGGUGUGCGCCGUGCCGCCGCAGCCGCAGCUGUACAGCGCCCAGCUCGACGCAGAGCUCGCGUUUGCCGCGCAGUGCCUGCGUGCGCAGCAGCAGAUGCAGGCCGCCGUGCAGCUGCAGCAGGCCCAGAGCGCCGCCGCGGCGGCCGCCGCAGCCGCCGCGGCCGCAGCCGCCGCAGCGGCGCCCGCCUGGUCGGGCUGCGACUGGUCCCUGCUGUCGAGCGGCAGCUGCUCCCCGAAGCUGCUGUCCACCUCUGGCGACUCGUCGCCCUCAGGGCUCGUCACCCCGUCCUUCAACACGACCUCGUCGCCGCCGAUGCCCUCGCCCCACGCCGCGGCGCCGCUGGGCGGCGGCGCGCAGUUCGACCUCUGGUCGGCGCCGGCGCCGCAGGCGGCGCUGCUGCCGCCGGUGCGCGCCGCCGGGCUGGGCUCCGGCGGCUCGAAUUUCAUAUCUGAUGAGGCGCUGUACCUGCUCGCCGGCCUGAGCGCGACCAACUCAGGCGCCACCACGGACCUGCUGCGCGUGCUGCAGGCUGAGCAGGCCGGCGCCGCCGCCCGUUUCUGUUAA